AUUGUUAUUCAUAGAGUUGCCUCAUCUCAAUCUCAGUAUCUCAUACAUUGAUCAUCUUCAUAACAUACUCAGCAGCUUUAGAAAACUAGUUCAAUUCUGAAACUUGUUUUUGUUUUCUUUCAAUGGCAUCAAAAAGAAUAUUGAAAGAGCUCAAGGACUUGCAAAGAGAUCCACCAACUUCAUGCAGUGCAGGUCCAGUGGCUGAGGACAUGUUUCAUUGGCAAGCGACAAUAAUUGGUCCAAACGACAGUCCGUACGCAGGGGGUGUAUUUCUUGUAACCAUUCAUUUCCCUCCUGAUUACCCCUUUAAACCCCCAAAGGUUGCCUUUAGGACAAAGGUGUUUCAUCCAAACAUAAAUAGCAAUGGAAAUAUUUGCUUGGACAUACUGAAGGAGCAAUGGAGUCCAGCUCUCACCAUAUCCAAGGUUUUACUAUCGAUAUGUUCUCUGCUAACGGACCCAAACCCAGAUGACCCACUGGUGCCUGAGAUAGCUCAUAUGUGCAAGACUGACAAAUUCAAAUAUGAAUCAACAGCUCGUAGCUGGACCCAAAAAUAUGCCAUGGGCUAGUCACUAGUCACUAGGACUAGGACUAGGACUCCCUCUCUAUAUCUAAUAUAAUAAUUAUUAUCAUUAUCAUAUUUAUUCAACUCUUUUUUCCUUGUCCAUUUAUUAUUAUUAUUACUCAAAAAGUAAUAUAUAUUAUAUAUGGAUAGAGAAAGAUAAUGUUCUUAUUAUUAGGCUAUGAAUUUGUAUUCUAAGCAUUUCUUUCCUGAAAAUAAAUGGCUGUCAACUUUUGAA